UACAUGGAACCCAAAAGGGUUUGUACCUCAAACCAAAAAGGCUUGUCCUAUCGGCACAGCUGAAGAACCCUUUUGGGAUCCUUUUUUCUAAGAGUUUACAGUAGAGAAGAGGAGAAUAUCAUCUGUCUAAGAGUUUACAGUAGAGAAGAGGAGAAUCUCAUCUGUCUAAGAGUUUACAGUAGAGAAGAGGAGAAUCUCAUCUGUCUAAGAGUUUACAGUAGAGAAGAGGAGAAUCUCAUCUGUCUAAGAGUUUACAGUAGAGAAGAGGAGAAUCUCAUCUGUCUAAGAGUUUACAGUAGAGAAGAGGAGAAUCUCAUCUGUCUAAGAGUUUACAGUAGAGAAGAGGAGAAUCUCAUCUGUCUAAGAGUUUACAGUAGAGAAGAGGAGAAUCUCAUCUGUCUAAGAGUUUACAGUAGAGAAGAGGAGAAUCUCAUCUGUCUAAGAGUUUACAAUAGAGAAGAGGAGAAUAUCAUCUUUCUGAGAGUUUACAGUAGAGAAGAGGAGAAUCUCAUCUGUCUAAGAGUUUACAGUAGAGAAGAGGAGAAUAUCAUCUUUCUGAGAGUUUACAGUAGAGAAGAGGAGAAUAUCAUCUUUCUGAGAGUUUACAGUAGAGAAGAGAAGAUCAUCUGUCUAAUGAUGUCAACUUUAUUUCUCAACUCCUAAUAUUGAGCCUAUUACACUCUCUGUAGAAUCUGACAUAGGCUUUGACAAAGCACCUGUUAAUAGGGUCCCUGGGCCACUGGUCUGUCUGGGAGGGGUCUCUGGGCCACUGGUCUGCCUGGGAGGGUUCCCUGGGCCACUGGUCUGCCUGGGAGGGUUCCCUGGGCCACUGGUCUGCCUGGGAGGGUUCCCUGGGCCACUGGUUUGCCUGGUAGGGGGUCCCUUGGCCACUGGUCUGCCUGGGAGGGGUCCCUGGGCCACUGGUUUGCCUGGGAGGGGUCCCUGGGACACUGGUCUGCCUGGGAGGUGGUCCCUGGGCCACUGGUCUGCCUGGGAGGGGUCCCUGGGCCACUGGUCUGCCUGGGAGGGGUCCCUGGGCCACUGGUCUGCCUGGGAGGGGUCCCUGGGCCACUGGUCUGCCUGGAAGGGGGUCCCUGGGCCACUGGUUUGAGUUGAGAAGUGUAAUCGGGUGUGCUAGCGUAGCAGAGUUAAGAACGUGCCAUAAGCUCACUCCACAGCUAGCUUGAAGUGUCAUGGAUGGAGCCUCAAACCCCUGGGCAUUGUCAAGGAGCACGGCUACUGGUGUUUGGGAUCAGAGGAUCACCGGUUCAAGCCCAGUAUGGGGUAGUUGGACAGCGGAGGAAGCUAAACUGUUAGCAGCAUGUUAGCCUUGGCACCAUGUCCUCCUCUUCCUCCCUCCUCCUCCUCCUCUUCCUCCUCUCUCUGAGCGGGGUGAAGCUGACUACAGGGUUUAAGAUUUGUGCCUUUAACGUCCAAAGCUUCGGAGACUCCAAGUCACGCAACACUGAAGUCAUGCACACACUAAUACGGAUCGUGUCUCGUUGUGAUGUGUGCCUGCUACAGGAAGUGAGAGACACUAAACAGAAAGCUAUACCCCUGCUGAUAACUGAACUGAACAGGCAUAACAGCAAGAACCAGUAUGAUUACGUGGCCAGUGAGCGGCUGGGCAGGACACCUAGCUACCAGGAGCAGUAUGUGUUUGUGUUCAGGAUCGGCUCUGUGACAGUAACAGAUCAGUACCAGUAUCUUGACAUGUUGCCGGGAAAUGAAGAUGCCUUCUCCAGAGAACCCUUCAUAGUCCGCCUUCACACCCGCAAGACAGCCAUACGGGACUUUGUGUUAGUACCCCAGCACACCACUCCCACCAACGCUACUAAAGAGAUCGAUGCCCUCUACGAUGUCUUCCUGGAUGUCAAGAAGAAAUGGAAGACAGAGAUGGUGAUGUUCCUAGGGGAUUUUAACGCUGACUGUGGCUAUGUGGCCAAGAAGAACAGGCAGCAUGUACGUCUCUAUAGUAACCAGGACUUCCUGUGGCUGAUAGGAGACACAGAGGACACCACCGUUAGACAAACCACCACCUGUGCCUACGACAGGAUCGUUGUCCACGGGGAAGCAUUUGCAAAAGCCAUCGUGCCCCAGUCCGCACAACCUUUCAACUUCGCCAGAGAAUACGGCCUCACAGAGGAACAGGCCCUGGACGUCAGUGACCACUACCCAGUGGAGGUGGAGUUGAAGGCGGGGUCAGAACAUUUGGCAGGCCACACCCUUCUGAUCAUCCUCAUGGCCUUCUUCAUCUCCACCUGAACCUGUGGCCACGUUCCAGGCCGACUUUACUGCAGACACUGCAUUGCAUCAUGGUUGUGUCCCACGUCAAGCAUCAGAUGGUUAUACUGUAUCAUAUGAUGUGUAACAUACAUACAUACAUACAUAUUUUACACUGAACUAAAAUAUAAAUGCAACAUACAACAAUUCCAGAGGUUUUACUGAGUUACAUUUCAUAUAAGGAAAUCAGUCCAUUGAAAUAAAUUCAUUAGGCCCUAAUCUAUGGAUUUCACAUGACUGGGCAGGGGCACUGCCAUGGGUUGGCCUGGAAGGGCAUAGGCCCACCCAUUGGGGAGCCAGGCUAAGCCAAUCAGAAUGAGUUUUUUCCCCAUAAAGGGCUUUAUUACAGACAGAAAUGCUCCUCAGUAGCCCCUCCUCAGACGAUUCCACAAGUGAAGAAGCCGGAUGUGGAGGUCCUGGGCUGGUGUGGUUACACGUGGUCUGCGUUUUUUAGUCCGGUUGAACGUACUGCCAAACUCUCCAAAACAACGUUGGAUGCGGCUUAUGGUAGAGAUGUGCACAUUCAAUUCUCUGGCAACAGCUCAGUUGGACAUUUCUGAAUGUCAGCAUGCCAAUUGCACACUCCCUCAAAACUUGAGACAUCUGUGGUAUUGUUUUGUUUAACAACUGCACAUUUUAAAGUGGCAUUUUAUUGUCCCCAGCACAAGGUGCACCUGUGUAAUGAUCAUGCUGUUUAAUCAGCUUCUUGAUAUGCCAUACCUGUCAGGUGGAUGGAUUAUCUUGGCAAAGGAGAAAUGCUCACUAACAGGGAUGUAAACUAAUUUGUGCACAAAAUUUGAAAGAAAUAAGCUUUUUUUUUUUUUUGCAUAUGAAUUUGAAUUUCUGGGAUCUUUUAUUUCAGCUCAUGAAACAUGUGACCAGAAAUGUACAUGUUGCGUUUAUAUUUGUGUUCAGUGUAGUUAGCAUAAUAUGUUAAACACCUGUACAGGUGAGAUCUGGCAGGUGUCUGCAAUGUAGUCAGCCUGGAGAACUGUGUGUGUGUGUGUGUGUGUGUGUGUGUGUGUGUGUGUGUGUGUGUGUGUGUGUGUGUGUGUGUGUGUGUGUGUGUGUGUGUGUGUGUGUGUGUGUGUGUGUGUGUGUGUGUGUGUGUAGAUGGUGAUGUUCCUAGGGGAUUUUAACUCUGUGUGUGUGUUUUUGUGUGUGGGAGAUGGGAGAACUCUAUAUGACUUCUGGGUCGAAUACCAAAACACAAAGUAGAAAAACCUGCCUGUGUGCCCUUGAGCAAGGCACUUAACCCUAAUUUGCUCCAGCACAGUACUUCUAUGGCCGACCCUGUAAAACAUUUCACGGCACCUAUCCGAUAUAUGUAAAAAUAAAACAUGUUUUUGCUGACACAUUCAAUCAAACACCUA